UCAUUUUCUUCUUCUUGUUUCCAGUUUGAAGCAACUCAGAGUUUCAUGGAGUAAAAGCCUGAGAGGAUUCAGCACUAGUUGAAGUGGAAGAAAAAUGGAUGUAAAAGAAAUUGUCGAACCAAAAGGCGAGCUCACAUUGCCACCACCUCCUGCUUUUAUUGUUGCAAUUGCUGUCAAGGGAAAUAGAAAAAGCAAGAAUGUUAUUUCAUGGACAUUGGAAAAGUUCGUUCCCGAGGGAAUCACUUUGUUCAAGUUGUUACAUGUCUGCCCAAGGAUUACUGCAGUCCCUACACCAAUGGGAAAUUUCAUUCCUAUUUCACAAAUACGCGAUGACGUAGCAGCUGCUUAUAAGCAGGAAGUGGAAUGGCGGAGGAGUAAAAUGUUGCAGCCUUAUAAAAAAAUGUGUGUUCAGAAAAAGGUGCAAGUAGAUAUAACAAUAAUUGAAUCAGAUGAUGUGGCAAAAGCAAUUGCAGAGGAGGUCGCAAACUGCUCCAUUAACAAACUUGUUAUAGGUGCUGCAUCUUACACCAUGUUUUCAAGGAAAAUUAAGAAGGAUGAUCUGUCCUCGAGAAUCUCACUUUGUACUCCAAGCUUUUGUACAAUCUAUGCUGUUUCAAAAGGAAAAUUGUCAUCCAUCCGCCCGCCUCACUUAGCUACAAAUAAAAGUAUUAAAGAUGACUGCAGUGACAGUUUCUCUAACAACAGUUCAUCAAGUUACAGUUCCAGUUCCCAAACAGGCAAUCACACUUCAGAUCUUCACUCCGUUUCUUCCUAUUCUCAUUUCCAUUCUCCUUCCCUACCAAUUCAGCGAUUUCAGGCUCUUUCAACCGUAAAUAAUACUCUUCUUCGUUCAACAACAAACUCAACCGAGCGGUCCGAGCCCAAUCAUUCACGAUGCCAGUCUUUGGAUACUGAGAGAGGGCAGGAUUCCAUGAAUUCCAUGAGUUCCUAUCUCAGUAGUUCAGGAGUUGGACAGCCAGUCAGUCGAAGUUCAAGUUACCUGAGUCUCGUGACAGAUAACCAGAGUUCAUCUGAACAUGUUUCCAUCUCAGAUGGACUAACUGACUGUUCUUCCUCCGUAAGCCAGGAAAACGUUAGCUUUGAGCUACAAAAGCUGAGAGUUGAACUUAGACACGUUCGAGGAAUGUAUGCAAUAGCUCAAAGUGAGGCAAUUGAUGCUUCUCGACAGAUGACCAAUCUGAACAAACGUCAAUUAGAGGAAGCAGCAAAGCUCAAAGAGAUACACCUUAUGGAGGAGAAAGCCUUAGAAUCAGCAAGACUAGAGAAGGAACUAUAUGAAGCUGCAAAAAGGGAUGCCGAGUAUGUGAGGGAAUGUGCUGAAAGAGAAGUUUUACAAAGACGAGAAGCAGAGUUGCAAGCUCUGCAUGAAUCUAAAGAAAAAGAAAAGUUUGAGAUUGCUCUUGUUGGUUCUGUUCAGCAAUACCAGGAGUUUACAUGGGAAGAGAUUGCUUCUGCCACCUCAUCAUUUUCAGAAAACCUUAAAAUUGGAAUGGGAGCAUAUGGAACUGUCUAUAAGUGCAAUCUGCAUCAUACAAUUGCUGCAGUAAAAGUUCUUCGAUCCAAAGGGAAUCACGAAAAUAAGCAAUUCCAGCAGGAGAUUCAAAUCCUUAGCAGAAUUCGCCAUCCGCAUUUGCUUCUCCUUCUUGGUGCAUGUACUGCUCAUGGUUGCCUCAUUUAUGAAUACAUGGAGAAUGGUAGCUUGGAGGAUAGGUUAUAUCAAAAGAACAAUACACCACCCAUCCCAUGGUUUGAUAGGUUCCGAAUUGCUUGGGAAGUAGCCUCAGCUCUUGUUUUUCUUCACAACUCGAAGCCAAAACCCAUUAUCCAUCGUGACCUGAAGCCGGCAAACAUCUUGCUCAAUCAUAACUUGGUGAGCAAGAUUGGUGAUGUCGGCCUCUCAACAAUGGUGAAUUCAGACUCUCUCUUGGUAUCCUCUGCAUACAUGGCUACAGGGCCUGUAGGGACGCUCAGCUAUAUGGAUCCCGAAUAUCAAAGAACAGGGCUAAUUUCUCCAAAAUCUGAUGUUUAUGCUUUUGGGAUGGUAAUUUUACAAUUACUGACAGCAAAGACGGCAAUAGCUCUAGCUCAUAUGGUGGAAACAGCAAUUGAGGAGGAUACUUUGGUGGAAAUUUUAGAUUCACAAGCCGGGAAUUGGCCAACUAAAGAGGCAAAAGAGUUGGCAGUGUUGGGACUGAGCUGUGCAGAGCUUCGACGUAGAGACAGACCUGACUUAAAAGAUCAAAUACUUCCUGCACUGAAGAGAUUGAAGGAUGUUGCUGACAGAGCUCGAGAUUCAGAUUCAAGUAUUAAACCUGCAGCUCCUACCCAUUUCAUAUGCCCAAUACUAAAAGAUGUAAUGAGGGAGCCUUGUGUUGCGGCUGAUGGUUACACUUACGAUCGCGAAGCAAUGGAGGAAUGGCUUCAGAAAAAUGAUAAAUCGCCAAUGACUAACUUGCCACUGGCAAACAAUGAUCUCUUACCAAAUUACUCACUUCUUUCCGCAAUUAUGGAAUGGGAGUCCAAACAACAUUGAUAGUAGUCCCUCCCCUCAUAGUUCAUUCAGGUUAUAUGAAAAAACUUAGCUGAACUAGAUUAGUGUUCAUAUGCUAUCAAUGUAGUUUCUUAGUUUUUUAUUUCUGA